GAAACUGAAGGGGGCCAUCCUCACCACCAUGCUUGUGUCACGGAACUUCUCUGUGGGUAGCAGGCAGACCACGGCUCCCGCCUCGGUCACUGUGGCUGCGGCUGCAGUAGCCGCGGCUGCAGGCACCACAGCAGGGCUGGUGGAACAAGCAGCCAAGAGCUUGUUGAACAAAAAAGCAGACGUUAAGAAGCGGAAGUCGAGCUCUACCAUUCAGUACAUGGAGUCGUCGGACAGCAGUAGUGCCACAGUGGAGGAUGAGGAAAUGAAAGCACGCAAACAGGAGAUCAUCAAAAUCACUGAACAGCUUAUUGAGGCUAUCAACAAUGGCGACUUUGAAGCCUAUGCUAAAAUCUGCGACCCUGGACUCACCUGCUUUGAACCUGAGGCCUUGGGAAACCUGGUGGAGGGGAUGGACUUCCACAGAUUUUACUUUGAGAACUUGCUGUCUAAGAACAGUAAGCCCAUCCACACCACCAUCCUUAACCCUCACGUGCACCUGAUUGGAGAUGAGGCCGCCUGCAUCGCCUACAUCCGCCUCACGCAAUAUGUGGAUGGGCAGGGCCGGCCGCGCAGCAGCCAAUCGGAAGAGACGAGGGUGUGGCAUCGCCGGGACUCUAAAUGGCAGAAUGUCCAUUUCCACUGUUCGGGAGCUCCAGCCGCCCCUCUACAGUGAAGGUUGAGCUCAUUGUAGCCACAUCUAACAAGAGAGCCCAGCCAGAAAUGGAGAGUGCAAGAGUAAAAUAGAGAGAGUGAGGGAGGGGGGAAGUUGGAGAGAGGGAGGAAGGAAAGCGAGCCCAGUGAUGGGUAGCUGUGAGUCUGCAGUGCCUGACCCUCCCACAAUGGGCCCGGCCCCCUCACCUGCCAAUCACUUUUGUGCAUCGUCUUCUGUCUUACCUUCAGCUUUACCCCCUCCCUCCCAGACACCGUCCCUGUAUCUUUACACCCGUGCAGAGACUCCCCUCGUUGUGCACAUGUGCUGUGUGGAGUUGGACAGUCUUUGAUUAGUACAGAUAAUAAGGCCUCAGCGAGUCGUCUGUGAAAUGCCAUGCUUUCUGUCGCACCUUCCCAGUGUGAGUAAUGUUACACUGAUUCGCCGUCCUCACUUACAGUGUGUAGAUUUUCAAUAAUAACUGUUAUUCUUAUUCUUAUUAUUAAUAUUGUUCUUACUGUUGUUAUUAGUAUUAAAUACAAAAGCAAUUGUAUGUGUCACUUACACAAUUCACGUUCUGGAUGCCAAUGAUUUGUAAUUUAUGCCUUUUCUUUUCCGAACAUUUUUGGAGAGCAUGAUUUUUUCAUUAUAUCCAAAGCCGUUUAUGUACAGGCUUCUCAGUGUGAUUCACAUCCAACGCUUCGUCUGUCCAUGUGUGUUCAAACGUUAGUGGACAUUUGUUGGUAUGUGUGACUGUUUUGGGGCAGAUUCUACCAGAGCCUGAUAAAGAACGACGUGACGUUCGGGGGUCUUCCAGCUUUAGUCAUUAUUUCUCGGAUCAUUUGCUCAGAUUUGGAAUAAUUCAGCAGAUUUGCUGUCAGUUGGCGAACUUCAUAUUGGAUGAACAAUUCCUUGUUCUGAAAAGCCACAAUUGUGCUUUAUAUGUAACCUGUUGCAACGUUAGUAUUAGAUUUUAGUGUUGCGAUAUUUCACAUUUUUUUCGUUUCUUCUUCAGCUGAGCCAGUGGUGUUAGGUUGGACCGACUGAAUCAAACUAAAAGCCAUACCUCAGCUGAACAUACAGUAGGCAUACCAGAUGAUGACCUCCUCAUUCGUGUGUUUUCUCGGACUAUGGAAAGAUGUGGACAUCCAGUGACAUCAUUAGAGGAGAUAGUUCUCAAAAAAACAACUAUUGUAUCUCAGCACUAGUCAUAGUGGAGGUUUAAAGUCAUUGGAGGCCAUUGGAGAGCAGCUGAUUGAAGGAAUUUUGGUGGGUUUUUAGCUGACGGAGUUGCAUAUUUUUGCUUUUUUGAGUUUUUUUUGCUCUUAUAUUUUGACAUUUUAUAUUUUUCAUGACAUAUAGCGUUGACUUAUCGAUAUUACUCAUUCUAUUUUUGAGAGUUUAUAUAUAGUUUGUUUGUCGUCGGUGUGUGAGACUUUUAAGGAGAGUGAAAAUGUUGUUACCCUGGAUCCUUUUUAAAGUGUGUUUACCCUUUGGAUGGGCAAAGUGCAAGGAGCAUGAAAGUCUUUCGAAGAAUGAAGAGGUUUGUAGUCGAAAUCGGCAGCAAUAGUAUUAUAUGUCAGAAGAUGGUAAGAUAUAGUUUAUGGAGUGCAUGUCACACCUCGUACAACUUUAUACUGGUUUCACUCUACUUCUAAAGGGUUUGAACCGUGGUGAACUGACGUGUCAGUGUGACUAUUUUAUUGACCUUGUGUCCUCGGGUUGUAUUUAUUUAUUUGAUAUUAUUAUCGCAACUUCUUACAUGCUUCUUACGUUUGUGUACGACACUUUGUCUAAUGUUUGAACUCACUAGCUUUGAGCCACUUCAUAUCGAUAAUGACUACUGAUCUUUUUUGUUGUUAUUAUUUGAAAGAAAUUGUCUCUCACACAGAUAAAAAGAGGCAAUCUUUUAAAAUCCAAUCAAAAUAUUUCUCUCAAACAAAGCGACCCUGUGAGGCACGUGUACUUGUGUUUGUGCUCCGGUGUUCUGCUUCUGUUACAGUUGCGUCUCAUUCUUCAAUGCUUUAUCUCAUGCAAAACUUCACCUGUGUUUAUACGAGUGAUCAGAGUUCCACACCUGUCCGCUCCCUAAAAAAA